UCAGUCUCGAUUUCGCUGUUGACAAACUUGGCAAAAUGUCGCUCAGCCCGCCAAGUCGCCCUGUUCCGGAACCACCGGAGCGCGUCGCACCGACACCACCGGCCUCGCAGGCUGGUGCAUCCGAUCAAGAGCUGGCCGAUCUGUUUGCUGCGUUGGAAGCGGAGGACGUCCAGCUGAGGGAAGAGCACUUGCUGCUCGACGACGUGCCACCUCAGAACGAGGUUGUCGUGAGCUUGCAGCUGCGGCUCAUGCUUCAGGGCGCCUGGUUUGCGUUGCUCGGCAGCGUCCUCCUGUUGACCUCCAAGCCACUGUGGAUUGUCCAUCGCCGCUAUGCCCUCGUCAUGCUGCUGACGACCGUCGGGCUGUUCGUUGCGCUCCAUUUGCUUAUUAUCCCGUUCCGGAUUGUCAUCACUUUGCUCUCGCUCCUCUCCCUCGACCUCAACUUUCUGCUCGAAUCGGCAUCGUCCACGAUUCUGAGCUUCUGUCGGCUUGUUCCGUUCGGAUUGCUGCUUGUGAUGCGCUAUGGCUACAUGGAUGUCCUUGACAAUCUCUUUUUCAUUGGCAUGGAUAACUUCCCUCGAUUGAAAGCUGCGCUUCGGGAGGAAAGGCGGCCCCCAUUCAGCUUGCGCAGGUUCAUCGACAAGAAAAUCGCUUUUCUGCUCAAAAUCAUCGCCGCACUGCUGCUGUCACUGGUGCCGUAUGUUGGACCAGCGAUCCUGUUCUUCCUCCAGUACAAGACAGUCGGCUUGGUGCUUGGACGAGGGCUCGGGUUAACGAUUGCAUUUUUGGGUGUGUUUGUCCCGCUUCGCGAGCUGUGCUGGGGCUUCUUGUACGUGUGUGUUCUGGCUCGUGCCAUUUCUUGGGAGCUGUUGGCACCGUACCACGAACGAGUUUCACAGCAACGCUCGCGCAGCUCUGGUGAUCCGCGACCCCGCAUCGAGCGCUCCGCGUUGACUCAACUGCAGCAAGAUGCGAUGGCGCUCGGUUUUGGCAUUCCGAUCGCGUUGCUAUUGCACUAUACUCCCUACGGGUGGGUCAUGUUUGGCCUUCUUCAAGCCAGCGCUGCUUACCUUGUGGCUGGAUUGCAUUUCCAUUGAAGCAAACCAAAAAAACGUUGGAAUUUGCCACUUUAGUUUUCGUCUCCUUGUUCCCGGCUCGCUCGGGGUCGUGGAGCUACAAUACAUUUACCACAUGC